AUGGCACAGGUGAUCAAUGCUGUGACAGCAGGAUUGGCGACCACUACUGAACUAGAUGAGGCCUUCGCGAAGUUCCUAGAGAGUCCCGGCUGGCGAGAACUGCAGACCCGAACGGCACGACGAAUGUGCGAUGGAUCCUACACCUUUGGCGAGCUCUCAACAGAUGCACCACCGCAUCUGAAAUUUGCUGAAGGCCUCGUUCAAAGGUUGAUCGGACACUUGCAGACAAGCAAUCCAGGCAGCGCAAUCAUCCCCCUACAAGCCUUCCUGUGCCUGUACGAGGAUGGGGAGGACGCAUGUCCAAAUCACGUGCACGACUGUCGGCAGCUGACGCUCUCCUUGGGCGCUGAAAGGGAGGUGGUUGUGGAGGGGCAACGAAUGAUGAUGAGGCACGGCGAUAUCUUGGUGCUGGACGGCGAGCGGCACGGGGUGCCAGCGCAGCGGAACAGGUCCAGUCAGUCCAGGGUGUCCGUGAAUAUUUUUUUCACCACCGGCAGCGACCAAGCUUCAAGACCAGUGAGUGUAAAUCAUCAAAAGGGUGCUGGCUAUCAGAGAUCUGGUGGUGGCAAAGGACGGGGAAAGAGCAAUGGAGACAAUGGACAGGGCCAGGGCAAGGAUGGCAGAAGCAUGGCCUUCAACAGCUCGAGCUCCAUGGAGCACCUGGAUCUCUGGGAAGAGAUUCAAAAGCCAAAGCCAAAGAAGCUUAAGGCCAAAAAGUCGAAGAAAAGAAACGCCGAAGCCCAGGCGACGCCCGGAUUGGACAGUUUGCAGUCUGCCUAUGACGCAAGCUCCGAGGAAGGAGUGCCUGGCAAGAAGAAACGAACGGCGAGCAACAAGGAGCAAACCUUGGCCUGGCCAAUGAGCUGGACCUGGUUGCUGAGCCGGACUCAGCAGCAUCCCGAGUUCCGAGCGCCAACGAUAGCCUCGGGUACCAGAUGGGCUGAGGAGACCGACAAACCAGAAGAUGUCCAGCAACCCUUGGCCGUGGCCAUUGCGACCUCUUUGGUGUAUGUUGGAAAUCUCGCCAGCGGCUAUGAUUCCAGACACCUGGCACGAGUCGCUGCGGUGGACGAGAAAGGCGAGAUUCUGCUGGACCUUCACGUCAAACCGCGCAGCAAGUUGCUGGACUGUCGCACGCACAUCACUGGUAUCAAGGAAGAGGCGCUCCGUGAGAGCUUCGGAGCGGUGACCUUUGAGGAGGUGCAGCAGAAAUUGCUGGAGCUGCUGAGGCCGCGCACCAUCCUGGUGGGGCAUCGCUUGAGCAGCGAUUUGGAGGCAUUGCAGCUCUUUCACGGACCCUUGGUUGAUGUUGCUUUGUUGUUUGCUGUGGACACGCGCAAAAAGUACCAGUACCAUCCGCUUCGAUACAUUGGCGAACAGGUGCUCUUGAUCGCUACCAAACCUGAAGAAGUGGAGUUCCAACCGCAAGAUGCCGUGGACUCCGCUCGGCUUGCGAUGAGGCUAGCUUUGCAUGAAUCCACUCAAUCAGUGCCAACACCCGCCUUUCCUCCACGGGAAGGCAGCGGACGAGAGUUGGUGGUUCGACACAUCCCUGCAAGUUGGGGCAAGGAAGCUGCUCUCAGAUUGAGCAAAGUCUUGGGAGUCGGAGAGGUGCAAGUCCGUUGGAUCCUGAACGAUCUCGACCCAAGUGACUGGAGGGGGGAGGCGGUGAUCUUUUUUUCCCAUUCCGACCAGCGAGACGACGUCUUCAAAGCAGUGAAGGGCCUCACGGACGUUCACGUCCAGUGGGAAGAUGCACCGAAUGCUCCUCCCCUGGGUGCUUUCUUGUCCGAGCAGGCCCUUGUGGAAGCCUUUUCCAGAUUUGGCAUGGUGGUUUGCGCGCGAAUACCCCGGCGCCCAACGACUCAGGAACCUCAAUCCUUUGCUUUCGUCUCCUACUUGGACGGUGAGGAUGCUCACAGAGUCUCCAAAAAGCCUUCCGUAGAGGUGCCCAUCACCGACACGUGGCAACUGGAAUUGAAGCCCAGGCUGGCCAAGUACGGCAACAGCAGUGACAAGCGCGUGGCUGGCUCAAGGGCUCGCUCAAGCGAUUUUACGUGUCCCACCUUGAGACCAGUCCCCCUGGUCACCUAUGAUGGAGCCUCUGGUACCACGACCUCCGAAGGACCCGAAGGACGCGCCUGGAAAGCCGAUCCGGAAGAGGACAAGAAGCCAUCACUGGAGAAAUUGGUGGAAGAAAGGGAAGCGCGAAAGCAAACUCGCUCAAAGUUCCAUGGUCGGGCGUUAGAGUGGAGCCGGCAAGGAGAUUCUGAGAUGCGGAUUGACGUCAAGGAGUUUGCCGCCCUGUUCGAUGACACACCCACUGACCGGAGGCAAUCGAUUCCGAUGACAGAAGAUUCCCUGGGAGCCUCACGUCUUCCAGAAGGGGUCGCUGUCAAAGCUGGGCUCGAUGAUGAUGUUGGCUUUGAUUGGAUCCAUUUGAUCAAGAGGGCGGAACUCCUGGGAUUGUCUUCAUAUCAUGCGAUGUGGGAGGUCUGCAGCCUGGAUCAGAAAAGAGGCGGAGGUGUCUGCGAAUGGUGUGGCAAAGCUCGUAGAGAAGGCAGACAGCGAGCAUCUCGGAUGCGACCAGCCGAGUUGGAGAUGAGUGUAGAUGGUCAAACACUGCAGGGAGACGAGGACACCAUUUGGAAACUGUUGAAUGCUGCUAGUGACGCAAGUGCCGACCUCGCUCCCAUCCUCGACAAAAUUCGCACGGAUGAUGUGGUCGUUGAUGGCAGUAAAACCAUGAGUGGCGACGGCACUUGGGUCGGCGAAGCCGAAAACAAGGUGACAUCAGUGGACAUGGCGAAAGUUCAAGCGCCCACGCGGAUACGGGAGAAGGCCUACCAUCCGACCAAAGGUGGCAAUGCAAACCAUUCGGGCUAUUCUCCAUUCGUGGGAGUCGCUGAUCUUUCAUUUCCUUCAUGGACCUUUGUUCAUCCGGAGGUUCAGCCCAAAGGCUUCCGCACAGCAGCACGCAGAGUUUUUCAUGGCUCGCCACUGAUAGACGCAGAUUCCAACGUGUACAUCCAAAGCACCUCGGGCUGGAUCUUCUCCCUGACCAAGGACGGAACACUCCGAUGGUCAUUCGAUCUCAAUUCUGAAGACCCACAAAAUCCAAGUAAUAUGGCCUUGUUAGAUGGCAUAGCCUUCGUCUGUACCGAAGAUGGGGUGGCCUGGGCCAUUGAUCUGGUCGCAGGCCUUGAGAGGUGGAGGAAAAAGAUCGCGACCCACUGCUCGACCGAUCCGUUCUCGAUUACAACAGCUAGUGGAGUGAUCUUGAUCCCCUGCAAUCCUGAAAAUGGAGAUGAACCUGACUCCAUGGAUGGUAGCGCUGCGAUUUGCGCAGUGUCAGAGAAGGAUGGUAGCCCAAAGUGGACCUAUUCCUUGAGUCGGUAUGACAGCAAAGGGUACAACUUGGCUCCCAGCAUCGUGGGAGACACGGUCUAUUUCAGUGACCUGGCUGGCUCGUCGUAUGCAAUCUCCUUGGAGGAUGGCAAGGAACUCUGGCGACACCCGGGUCCCCAAGAUGCCACCUUUUCGACGGCCUCUGCUGUCGUUGGGCAUGAUGGCCGUUUGUACAACGCCUUCAACGUCGGCCGUGGGGCAAAUUUGAAGGGAACUCUACGGAGCCUGGAUCUUCAGUAUGGAGAUAUUGUUUGGUCCAGAUCUUUUCCGGAAGGACUGAAUGCGGCCCCUGCUGUCGGACCUGUGGGUCCCAAGAAUCAGACGGUGGUGAUUGUGGCCUUGGGAAGUAACCCGGAGUGUUUGCCCGAACCUGUGAUCGGCACGCGGAAGCACACAGAAGUGCUGGCCCUGGAUGCGGAAAGUGGUGAAACCCUGUGGACCUUCACCGCGCCAGAAUAUUCUCUUUCCUGCGCAGGUAACACGCCCACAGAGAUUUGCUGUCCCAGCAUGUGGAGCCAGCCCACGCUGGCGCUUGAUGGGCGAGUCUAUGUGAACUGGUCCGGAGGCAAACUUUUUGCGCUUCUGGAUGCGAAUGGUGAUGGAAUCAUCGAUGCGAACAACCCUAGCGAGUUCUCGUUCUACCACCAUGGGAAGGGCUCCAACAGCCAGACGGCGAUGGCACCGGGGCUCAUGGUGGCGGCCGUCUGCAACCAGGUCUUGGGCUACCUGGACUGA